AUGCUCGCCCUGCGUACCACCAACCUGCCUAUCCGUUCUGCCCUGACGCGCGCGUCGGGUGCGAUCCGCAUGUACUCUGACAACCCCGUCGGCUCCGACGGCACUGCCGGCGCCACCGCCCAGAGCCAGGGCUGGAAGAAGCGCGAGCAGGCCUCGGAGGACUACUACGUGCUUGAGCAGGAGAAGCAGAAGCUCCAGAAGCUCCGCGAGUCGCUCGAGAAGCAGCAGAAGGUCGUCGACGACCUCCACCAGGAGAAGAAGUAA